GCUCCAGUCAGCUUCGGGAGAGGGGACGCAUCGGUCGGUCGCAACGCUCCCGAUAGACCGCCGAGUUUCGCAACUACAUCGUACGGGAUAGUCGUGCCGCUGUCUGUCCAGUGCGCUUAUGCAAACCAAUCACGGACCGACUUUGUUUAACAACUAGUGGCCACGGAUUUAAGUGAUGUUUUUGUUGGAACUAUGGGAAUAACAUGAAACUUUGCCAUUCUAAAACGAUCAUUCAAAUGUGACAUGUGACAUCUGUGGACACGACCAUUCGAAUGCAUAAUGCUUUUGCAAUGACGUCGCCACAAGAUGGGCAUUUUCACUCGAAUAUCCACUGCCAAGUGGGGAGCAUACCUGUGGCUACUGGUCAUCCACGUCCCGAUACUGCAAGGAGAAGAACAGUCCCACUGUCCCAGUCUGGCAGAGAACCCUAUCUGUCCCUGCUUCAACUUUAAAGAAGGACUCUCUUUGGAAUGUCCCAGUGUAACCCCCGGAGUCGUAAAAAAUGUGCUGUCAAAGAUAAGAGGAACCAUUCAGUCUUUAUCAAUUUACGAUCUACAAAGCACUACAAAAGAGCUAAAGCCAGACAUAUUUCCGACAAAGACAAGAGUAAAUAAUUUGCAAAUCUCGCAGUCGCCUGUACACAAAAUAAGUCCGACCGCUUUCUCGUCACUGCGGGACUCACUGCUGUCUCUCAGCAUUAUCUCGUGCAAGCUAGACAGAAUCCCACAUGAAGUGCUGCUAGAGCUGCACAACAUCGAAGCAUUAGAUCUACAACUCAACGAAAUCACAGAUAUUCAAUCAAAUGCAUUCAAAAAUCUCAAGCUGAAGAAACUCGAUCUCAAAGGAAAUAAAAUAGAAAAUAUAUCAGAAAACGCAUUUCAAAGCUUAGAAGAUUCCUUGACCGAACUAGAUUUAUCUCAAAAUUUUCUUAGUGUAUUUCCCCUCGAAACCUUAGGGAAAUUGAACAAACUAAGCAAUUUGAGGCUAGCUUACAACAGACUGAGCUCUAUACCUAACAAUGUGAAUACUACAAUAGCCAACUUGCUUACUUUAGAUUUAAAUUCUAAUUUUUUUACCAAACUUGAAAAAAAUUGGUUUCAUUGUAUGCCUAAAUUAAAAACUUUAACAUUUGUAAGUAAUCAAAUACAAGAAAUAGACGAAGGAGCAUUUCAUUAUUUAGAAAGACUAGAAAAUGUGGAUUUAAGUAGAAACAAAAUUAUAAAUAUAGCUAAGAAUACUUUUCAGAAAAACAAAAACAUCCGUACGAUAGAUUUAAGUCAUAAUCAUCUCCAUCACAUUAAAGGAUUAUUCUCAAACCUCCAUCAACUCUCAGAAAUAUUUUUAGCAGAAAACAAUAUUCUGGAAAUAACAGACGAUGCAUUCCAAAAUGCAAUGGCAUUGACAGUUCUGAAUUUAGAACAUAACGCUGUUCAAAUUUUGCAUCCAAAUUGUUUUUCUACGUUACAAAAUUUGACACAACUACAUAUGGGAACAAAUUUUUUAACAAAACUUCCUCGUAAUAUUUUUCAGUCCAAUCGUAAAUUGAUUACGUUAAGUUUAGAUAAUAACAAAAUUAACGAACUAGAUGAAUUAGUAUUUGAUAAGCUCGUCGAGUUGAAAGAGAUUCGUUUGCAGAAUAACAAGCUAAGCCACAUUAAGCGUAACGUAUUUAGUCCAUUGCCGAGUCUUUUAGAACUUCAUUUACAGAAUAAUAUUAUACAAAACAUAGACUCACAUGCAUUCAUUACUCACAAGAAACUCCAACAUAUUAACCUGCAGGGUAAUCGCUUAACUGCCAUCGGGGACGUAUUCCCCAACAGGAAUUCAUCUUUGGUUUCCAUACAACUUGGUGCAAAUUACUUGUCGUUAUUAAAAAAUAGCUCUCUUAGAGGCCAAGUGAAUGUGCAAAUAAUGUGGCUCAGCCAAAAUAAUAUUAAGAUAUUAACUGCUAAUCUUUUUAAUGAUCUGAUAAAUAUUCAGCGGCUGUAUUUGAAAAAUAAUAGUAUUGUACAUAUUGAAAAUAAGACAUUUGCGCACUUACAAAGAUUAAAGUUUUUAGAAUUAAGUAAUAAUAAACUAAUGAAAUUAAGCAAUGAAACUUUUUAUAAGCUUGUAACGUUGGAAGAACUGCACUUACAAAGUAAUAAUAUAAACCAAAUGGCAAAAGACACCUUCCAUUGUCUGACAAAAUUAAAAGUACUAGAUCUGUCGCAAAAUGAAAUAAUCGUUCUCGAUUUUGACAUUUCAUCCCUCCCAAUCAAACAACUUCGUCUUAAUAAAAACUCAAUUUCAAUUAUCGAAGUCAAAUCUUUAAAGACUUUGCCAAACUUGAGUGACUUGGAAAUGAACUAUAAUCUUUUGACGUGGGAGGAUGUUAUACAAGUGCAGAUUCCUGGGUUGAAGUCCCUUAAACUUUCCAAAAAUAACUUCACGUUAGUGGAGAACAAAACAUUUUCCCAUUUACCCUCUUUACAAGUCCUGUCACUAGAAAUGUCGAACAUAUCUCAAUUGCCUCCGGCAAUAUUUAUCAAGAACCAGAAUUUGCUGCGAAUAAACUUAGCUUUUAACAACUUAAGAGACCUACACAAAGAUACAUUUGCAUAUACAACGAUUUUACAAGAACUGAAUCUAAAAGGAAAUAAUUUUACCGACUUUCCCCACGUAGCGCUCUUCAAUGUAACAUCUUUAGAAGUCUUGGAUUUAUGUCAUAAUCAGCUGCACAGUGUAGACUUCUUCAAAUUUUUAGGUUUACAGAAUUUACGGACAUUGAAUUUAUGCGAUAAUCGCAUUUCGAUGCUAAAUGGUUUCAAUUCGCCGGCACUUAAAAAUUUAGUGACAUUGAAUUUGAAUAACAAUAUGUUGACAGUUCUUCCACCGAAUUUCUUUCAACAUUCUCUUGGUCUAAAAGUUAUAGAUUUGUCUAAUAACCUUUUUAAAUAUAUACCUAGCGACGGUCUGUCCGAAGCGGUACUACCCGCUCUAACAACUCUUAAUAUGUCUUCUAAUUCUCUGACUCAACUUUUACAAACAUAUCCAGCGAAAGAGUUCCCUCUCCUUCAAGAACUAGUUGUAACAAACACAAACCUGACAAUUAUUACGAGCAAGGACUUUGAAAAGUUUCCUUCACUUAAAAGAUUGGUUCUGAGAGGAAACUCUAUUGUUCGAUUGUCACCUGGUGCAUUUUCCAAGUUACAUAAUUUGGAAAACCUGGAUUUAAGUCAAAAUAAACUCGACAACCUUCCUAGAGAGAGAUUACAAGGAUUAUAUUCAACGCGAGUACUCAACGUUUCACACAAUACGAUCAGAGAGCUCGAAGAGUUUACAUCAGAUUUGCAGAGUUUACAAAUGUUAGAUAUCUCCUUCAACCAUAUAACAAGAAUCAACAGAGAUACGUUGCGGGGGCUACAAAGCCUCACCGAGCUGUAUUUAAGCAACAACUGGUUGUCUACUGUAUCCGCCGAAGCGUUUCGCAGCCUGAACAAAAUAUCGUACAUAGAUUUGAGCCACAACUAUUUUGAAGUAAUAUCUAUGAACUUCCUUAGAGCUUUAGAAACGCAAAUCAAGAGAAUAUCCUUUGACGAAAAUCCGUUAACAUGCAACUGCGAAUCGCAAGAGUUAUGGAGAUGGAUGCAGGAUCAUUACAAGAUUGUUCUCGAAAGGAGUAGUAACCUCCGUUGCGAACACCCGGAGGAACUUCACGGCUACAGUUUUAUCGAAUUGCCUUCCCAGAAACUGUGCGAUAUGCCCAUUGUAAUGCGGAUCGCCAUUCAAGACAUCCAAACUUAUUCCGUAGUCGUGUCUUGGCAGAGUCGCAACCUAACUGGUUUGAAUGGAUACCAAGUGGCUUAUUUCGGGGAACAAAACCCUGCCAUCAUUCGUGGGAAGGUUCUCAACGCUACUGCCAGGUCGACGAGGUUGAACCAUCUGACUCCCGGUUCCCGAUACACAAUCUGUGUCAUGGCCGUGGGCAACUUCGGCAACCCAACAUCUCAGAGCUCUUCAGUGCCCGGCGCUAGAAUUGCCUCUUCAAUAGAAAAUGCUCAUUUAUAUGGAGAUGAACAAAUAUUCAAUCAUCUACGUUCUUUUAUGAAUGACUCUCUUACAAGUAAAUGUACUAGUGUGAGCACAAUAGAAAUAUUCGGUGCGGCGUUUGAUAGUCCCUUCUCGAACACUUAUAUGGGCAUCGCCGAUAUUUUAACCAGAAGACUAAGUUUGGUUGUGGGCUGUUGUAUUGGUUUUAUAGUAUUUAUCGUGUUAGUGUCGGCUUUAGGUUAUAUUAAGACUAAAAAUCGUCCGGUCGUCACUAAGAUAGAGACUCCACAAGCUCCUCAGUACAUUUCCUAUGACAACUUUUCUACUCCCAACGUUGAAGUUCAGACUACGGAAAUGGACGUAAAUACCAUUUCGGAUAAAACAAAGCCACAGUGCAACCGCGACUAGGGGACGGGCUGGUCUGCGAAGUUUUUGCGAGUUUAGAAGCACGUAAGGCUUAAGGCUGAACGCGAUCGGAUUUUUCCAAUUUGAUUCCCCAAUGAAUAGAACCCCGCAAUGGCACUCGUGGGGUCGGCUUCAUUUCGUGCGUUCGUCGUCCAAGUUUCCGGGAGUUCGCAAGAAUGAAUUAUUACAACUACGAGCUUGUCAAUAACGAAAUGUGUGAUAAUCGAAAAAGUUUAUGUCAUCAAGGUUACCUUUUCCAUUAGAGAUGAUUUAUGUGUAAGACAAAGUAAAGACAUUACAUUUUUUUUCCUUUUUACGGCACUUCGUGUAUGAUAUUAAUCAUUGUACGUAGAUAGGAAUAUUAUUAAGUGGACUAAUAUCAUAAAAUACUCUUAUGAACAACAUUUGUACUAAGUUUUUAGUACAAUAUUUUAUAAUGUUGGCCUAAAUUAUUGCAAAAUUGAUUUUUACUCAUUGUUAAUAUUUAAUUUUAUAUUUAUAAAAACAGAAUCUUGUGUAGAAAUGUAAUCUAUAAAACGUUUAACGUUAUACCGUCUCGUUUGUGAAAUAAUAAAUAUUUUAUUGUGAUUAUUAUUAGCCCUGUUGGAACUAAGUACUAAAUAUGGGGGUUUAGGAAGAAUUGUGUAUAAAAUAUAAAAUAAAUUGAAUUUUGUUAGGUGUUUACUGUAAUCAAUAAAAUUUGGACAUUGGCAACGAACGAAUACUUAUAUGCCGUGGGAAUUCGACUUUUGGAACUUGCAUUCAUAGAUUAAUUAUGGAUAAUGUAUUAACGAAGAUAUCAUACUCAUUUAGUGUAAAGAUGAACGAUGACUGUACCAAACUAUCUUAAAUAAUUAUCUGUUUAAUAAUUCAUGGAAAUCCGUUUAAACUAGUAUAAAGACUGUAGUGUUGAUAAUAAAAAACAGUAAAACUAUAA